AUGCUCGAAGCUACCCCCGCGCCGUCCAUCUUCACCCAAACGUCCCUAUUUUCCCUUCUUGGCGUAGCCUCUCUCGGCCUGAUUGCAUACACGGCCUCGCGUACGUUUUUGCCCAAGACAAUUCGAUGGCAAGAUCGGUUUGCAUUCAUCUGGCUUAUCUUUGAUGCGCUCAUUCACUUCAUUUUCGAAGGAAGUUUCUUAUGGCUUUCGAUGUUCGGAAGGCAGGUGAACACCAGCACUGGGAUGUUUGCUGAAAUGUGGAGAGAAUAUGCUGCGGCCGACUUCCGAUGGGGUUUCUCGGACGAAACUGUGGUGUCCCUCGAGAUUCUUACUGUCCUUGGUGCGGGCCCGCUUGCCUGUUAUAUUGUAUACCAGAUCGCCAGGCAAGACCCGGCCAGGCAUUAUUGGAUAGUUGUGUUGAGUACCGCAGAGUUGUAUGGCGGGUGGAUGACGUUUUGCCCAGAAUGGCUUACCGGCAGCCCGAACUUGGAUACAUCAAAUCCUCUCUUCCUAUGGGUAUACCUUGUUUUUAUGAACACGAUUUGGGUGGUCAUCCCGUUCUGGUUGCUGCACGAUUCGUAUCGCCACAUUGCUGACACGUUAAGAUCGGCACAACCCAACUCUAAGAAGACUCUUUGA